CGGCUGCGCUCCCGGGCCGGGCCGGCUUUGUGCGGGGCGGAGCGCGGCCCUCGGCGGACUUUGUGUGCGCGCGGUGCCCGCGGCCCCUUGGGCCCGUGCCCCCCUUCCCACGGGCGCGGAGGAAUGCGGGCCCGCGGCGCUUUUGUUCGCCCCGGGGGCUGCAUGGCUCGGCGCGGUGCGUGCUGCUGCGCGGCUUUCGGGUACCCCAGAUUACUUUUCAUUCUUUUUAGUAGAUGCGUUUGGAAGCGCUCUGCGGAGCGCGGCUGAAAGCGGCGUGCCGGGGCGUGGGACCCCCGACAGCCGAGGGGCGGCCGAAGCGGGGCUCAGUGCGGGCCGUGCGGAGCGCCCCGCGGGGCUCUUUGUUCGCCGCUUCCAUAACGCGCAAAACCGCCCUCGCACCGGUCGUGCGAAGUUUCCGCGUCCCAGUGCUAGAAACGCAGCCUUCGGACGGACGGCUGCACUGACGGCCUCUGAUUUCUGUGCGCUUCUGUCCGUCCCGGCGCGGUGCGGGUCGUUCCGCUCUCGGUGCGGAGGCGCGGCAGCCCGGCGCGUGUGCUCGCAGCUGGGUCUGCUCUCAGCGGCGGCACCGCACUGCUGUGUGUGCGGCAGCGCGGAGCCCUGCGGGUGGAAGUGACGGAUGGAGGGACGCGUUGGCUAUGUUUUAAGGUUGUUCCCGUUUUUAAGGAAAGGUGGCUCUCCUUUGUCCAGCAGGAUCUGUGCUGUAGCGUGGGAAGCGUGCUGCCGAAGUUCUCUCCCGCGGUGGCAGCUUCCUGGAGCCGAGGUGUGGUGCUGCUGCUUCCUGUGGCAGAACCAGCGGUGUCACUGCAGUGCUGUGGUUACAGGGGGAGCACGAUAAUCCCCGCGAGUGGUCUGAAGGAAAGAAGGAGUGCAGGGAAACUUGUUUUUUUUUGUUGUUGUUGUGUUUCUUUAUUAGAGAGUUCUUUGCGAGACGCCCAACUCAGUAAUUCCAUCUGCUGUCUUCAGGCUGUUGGGUGAGCAAAGGCGUCAUCCAGAACACGUGGCAGUAGGGAACCACCCUGCGGAGAGCUUCAAGUAGAUUAACUAAAAAAACAUGUCCUCGGCUAUUCGUAGAGCUUCUCAGCUUCAAAAAUAGGCCAGUUUGCAGGUACGGGGUCCUGCUGGGCACGCUCCCAAGUGGAGAAAGGUCAGCAGUCAGAACAGUGUUUUCUCUGUCAGUCGGAGGUGUUUGCGGUUUGCCGCUGUCUGGGGGCAGGAGGAGCUGGGCUCACUGGGAACCAAGCAGAUCUGUAAUGAUGCUGUACCUCAAGGAGUGCCUCCCGUCACUGUGCUUCUAAUGAAAUCCAUUGAAUUAAGGAGUUGCACAGAGCUUGCAUGGAGAACUACUAGUGUGCCGGUCAAAUAAAAGCCCGUGGGUCUGUCUGACGUGCUCCAGUGUCCAUUGUGGAAGAUAUGUGAAUGGCCACGCCAAAAAGCAUUAUGAAGAUGCACAGAUUCCUAUGACCAAUCAUAAGAAAACAGAAAAACAAGAAAAAGUUCAGCAUACUGUGUGUAUGGAUUGCAGUAGUUACAGUACAUACUGUUAUCGCUGUGAUGACUUUGUAGUGAAUGAUACCAAGCUGGGACUGGUGCAGAAGGUCAGAGAGCACCUACAGAACUUGGAAAAUUCGGCCUUUACAUCAGACAGACACAGGAAAAGAAAACUAUUGGAAAACUCAUCUCUGAACAGCAAGUUACUAAAAGUAAAUGGAAGCACCACUGCCCUCUGUGCCACAGGCCUUCGGAACCUGGGGAACACGUGUUUCAUGAAUGCGAUCCUUCAGUCGCUCAGUAACAUUCAGCAGUUUUGCUGUUACUUCAAAGAAUUGCCUGCUGUGGAGCUGAGGAAUGGGAAGACAGCAGGCAGGAGAACUUACCAUACCAGGAGCCAGGGAGAUAACAACGUUUCACUGGUGGAAGAAUUCAGAAAGACACUUUGUGCUCUAUGGCAAGGAAGCCAAACUGCGUUUAGUCCAGAGUCCUUAUUUUAUGUUGUUUGGAAAAUUAUGCCAAAUUUUAGGGGAUACCAGCAACAGGAUGCCCACGAGUUCAUGCGUUACCUUUUGGACCACCUACACCUGGAACUCCAGGGUGGCUUUAAUGGUGUUUCACGUUCAGUAAUUCUGCAAGAAAAUUCUAGCCUGACUGCGAGCAGCAAAUGUUGCAUAAAUGGAGCCUCUACUGUUGUCACAGCCAUUUUUGGAGGCAUUCUUCAAAAUGAAGUCAACUGCUUAAUAUGUGGAACAGAAUCUAGAAAAUUUGACCCAUUCCUAGAUCUUUCGCUAGAUAUUCCAAGUCAGUUCAGAAAUAAACGUACUAAAAAUCAAGAAAAUGGACCAAUGUGCACACUACGAGAUUGUCUUCGCAGUUUUACAGACCUGGAAGAACUUGAUGAGACGGAGCUGUAUAUGUGUCAUAAAUGCAAAAAGAAACAGAAGUCCACCAAAAAAUUCUGGAUUCAGAAACUACCAAAGGUGCUAUGCUUACACUUGAAACGAUUUCACUGGACAGCAUAUCUAAGAAACAAAGUUGAUACGUACGUUGAGUUUCCCUUACGAGGCCUAGACAUGAAAUGUUACCUGUUAGAGCCUGAAAACAGUGGCCCAGAAAGCUGUCUCUAUGACCUUGCAGCUGUUGUUGUGCAUCAUGGCUCAGGCGUUGGAUCUGGACAUUACACCGCGUACGCAGCUCACGAAGGUCGUUGGUUCCAUUUCAACGACAGUACUGUAACUCUGACCGACGAGGAGACUGUGGUAAAGGCAAAGGCCUACAUCCUCUUCUAUGUGGAACGGCAAGCCAAAUCUGGAUCAGAUAAACUUUAAUACCUCCUUUUAAUUCUCGCUUAUCAAGUCCACGGGACAAAACAUUUCCAUUUUUCCAUAAAUACUUGAUCCAAGACUAUUAAUUUCAUUGUGCACUUUUCGAUUUCCUCUUGUGGGUUUUAGUUUCGUCAUGUCAGUGGUAGCAUUUGACUUACUGAACUUGGACACAAACUAACUUUUUUUAGUUAUACCAGAAAACCUCAGCAGAUUUUGAUUUGCUGCUUUAGUUGUGAUAACUCAAUUUUUAUAUAUAUAUAUAGUUUCAUGAAAUACCUAGUUAUUUGACUUUUUUUAUAUUAAUGUUUCCAGUUCUCACUUUCUAAAGGCACAUUUACAUCAGAGAAGCUUUCUAUUCUCUUCACAAGCGAGACAAAUGUGCUUAUCACAAAGAGCAAUAGAACUGUGUUGCUCUCACAGCUGUUGUAUAGAUCAAGGAAUUGCUUGCACAUAAUGUUUUGUCUCGUGCAAGAAAGUAAGCCGUGACCUCUGACCAAUCAUUCUUUGUCUGCAGAAGAGAUGAGAUGCAGCAUCAUUGUAGACCAGGUAAUUGCUGCUAUAGCUGCUAUAUUGGUGUGUAUUCAGGCUGCUGAAUUUCAUGAAUUGUUGUAAAUAAACAGUUGUUUAAUUGUAUCUAUACUGCAGAAUAAUUCAAGUAUUCUUCACGUAUGCUUUUCCCUCCCCCAAAAGUUCUUUAAAAGUUACCUUAAAAAAUAUACAUCUAAAUUGUCUUGAUUUAUUUUAUUAUUUUUUUUCUAAUCAGACUUGAAUUGUUAAAAGUUGCCUCUUGUUAGACUGUCAUCCUGUAGUUUGAUCACAAACACUUCCUUGCUUUAAAACUCACUCGGAGAAUUCCUGGCAGUGGAACCUCCGCUCUCUUUCCAUCUGGGAACUGGGAGCACAGCCUCUAAGUGUGGGGUUGAGAGAACAGCCUUAGGCCUGAAUAUAUUCUGUCUGCUUUGGUGCCUGUAGUUCGCUUGAAGCGGAAAGGAAGCGGAUGGAUAGAGUCUGAGAUGCUUGAUGUGUAUUUUGUCACUUCAGAUAGGAACUAGAGGGAAAACAGCUUGAUGGGUAAAUCCAGAACUACUUGUUGACCGGAGCAGAUUCCGGUAAGCUGUAGUGUUUAUUUGUUAGCCCAGUGUGGGAUCUCUUAUUUUCAGUCUCAAGAUGUACACACGCGGCAUGACGCAAUUUGUGAGACCUGACUAUGCAACAGAGAAAGAUAGCUGCUCCAGGUUUUCAGCUCUACUCCUCCUGCACAUAGCGGACGUCAGAUAAUCUCUGCUAGUGAGAUUUUUAAAAAGGUGGUCAGGAAAAACUAUGUUGCAAAAUCCAGGAAUUCUGAGAACACCCAAAAUCUGACAAAUGCUUCAUUUCAAUGCUUUCCUUGCACCCCCCCUUUCUAGUUAUCCCCCACUGCCAGUAACCGGGUGCAAUCUGAAAAGCUUGGUGGUAAGAACAGCUUUUUACUUCACGUAAGAGCAUGCUUUCAGUAGAAUAGACUAGCCUGAAAACACCCAAGAACUGAAGUUUAACAUGUGAGUACUCUUUUCAUUUAACGCUUCUAAAAAGACCACGUAUGCAGCAAAAAUUUCCCUACAAAUUGUACUGUAUAGCUCAACCUAGUGCAAGCGGGUAAGCUCCUGUCCCCUUGCUGUGGGUUACCUGGUAGAAAUACAAAUAGAAAUUACAGUCAGGUGAGCUCCUCCUGAAAUGUCAGUCUUAUGGUUUUUUCAGAUCAUCUUAAACCAGGAGAGAUUGACUGACUUAAUAUAAAAGCUGUAGAAAAUGUUCAGUUCCCAUAUUCAUACACGAUCAGCAAAAUGGAACAUUACUUAAAAUCUGUUGUGACUAUCUGGUACGUUAAUGGGAGUCAUUAUAUAUAUGUAUUUACACAUACAUAUACUAUAUACACAUCUGUGUAUAUGUAUAUAUACUAUAUACAUCAUAUGUACUCCCAUUAAUAGUCUCUCUAUAUAGAUAUGGGAGUCUAUAUGUUAUGUUAUGGGAGCCCAGAUGUAUACAUACAGAUAAUCACAAUAGAUUCUAUAAAUCCUCAAGUUGAGCAGUAAAUAGAACUCUUAAUUGUUUAAGUUGCAGAUAGUUUAACUCCCGUUUCUCAGUUUCACGCAGUCGGAGUUGGCUCUAAUCAGAAUAGAUGGUGACAUUUGACAGACUUCACUGCUAUGUGGGAUGUGAAAUAUUUUUUUUACAGCCUUUAAACCUCAGAGGGCAGCUGCUGCUCCCAGCUGGGACAUUAAGUAAGUCAAUUCCAUCUAUGUCUGCGUGCUGCUUGGCUUGCAUUGCUUUCUAGGGUUGUGGUGUGGGAAUACAAACCUUAAACUGCACAACUAGCUGUGGGCAGAAACAGUUUAAUGGGCAGGAGUCAGGUGUAUGCAGCAUUCUUGCAAACUGGUGAUGUAAAUGUGCCUUUCUGUACUUGUAAGAACUUUAUUUGUAAUCUUCAUGCCAUUCACUUACUUGUUUUAAGCAGCUUCUUAUUUCUGUUAAUUUUUGGGGUCAGACCAAUUUCUCACGUAAGCAUUUACUUUCAGUAACAUUUUCUCUGUAAUGUUAAGGUCUUGGGCAAUGGUAUCCAGCGUGGUCCAUGUCAGCUGUGGCCGUGGGAAUGCAGUGCAAUCACAUCAGCCUUGUUCUUGCAGCACGUGGUGUACGGACUUGGCCAUAUGCUUUCCUGGAACAAAUACGUUAUAAACCCUUACCUAAUUCAACUUUCUCCCACUGCAAAACCAGAUGGACAGCAUGAACAGUUUGUUGUGGCAACACAAGUAUUUCUCUUCCUGGUGGAGAACUUUGCUUAUCCACUGUAUUCUAUUCAGUGUGGUGUCAGAAGAAAAAAAAAAAGUAAGCACUGAACCAGUAACCUAUACUGCACCUGGCCUAGUAUUACAUUUUUAACCUUACUUGUAUAGCCUAUAUUUAUCUACUAGCUUGUGGGAGGGGAGGGAUAUCUCAUUUCAUUCAAGCCAAAUGUUUCUACUUAACUGCUGAUCACAGUACAUGCUAACAGGCAGGAAUUUGUCUUGCUUGCGACUGCUCUGCAAGUAGCAGCUGCUCCCUGCAGUUCAGAGACUUCUGUAUUUUUCACCAAAACGUGUCUGAGUGAGGGUUAUCCUUUUUUGUUAGUCACUGUUUAGCCACGUACACAACUGGAGACGUGAUCUAUGUAAAACAGAACUGCAGAACGCCCAGCUCUCAGAACGCUUCUGCUCUGGUGUGUUGCAUAUUGAGCAUUUAAAGUAGUGUGGCAUUAUGGAAAAUGCUACAGCACUGACAGAGCUCCUCCUCAUUGUGUAGGCAGAAGGGAUUUUUCCAGGUGUUAACAGCUGCAUGAGAUGAGAGUUUAUAACUCGUGGGGAGGGGGGGCCAUGGAUGUGUUUCAGAAGCUGAAGACCAUUUACAAGGAUUUUGCUAAAGCGGUGGAAAGCAUAACAGUUGGUGUUCACAGCCUCCCCUGUGUUUCAUUGCUGAUGUGUCUGUGUCUUACUGAUGAGGUAAUCGGCACCUUGAAAACUGAUUCCGAUGUGCUUUAGGAUAUCUUCAAGUACUGUAGUGCCAUAGUUGUAAUUGUUUACCAUUAAAAUUGUGUGUAAUUUUCAGUGGGGA